CGCCGCGACGGCGCGGUGUCCGGCGAGAGAAAGCGCGUAGGGUUGAGUGCGGAGCGAUGGCGCGCACGAAGCAGACGGCGCGUAAGUCGACGGGCGGGAAGGCGCCCCGCAAGCAGCUGGCCACCAAGGCGGCCCGCAAGAGCGCGCCGGCCACGGGCGGCGUGAAGAAGCCGCACCGCUACCGGCCCGGCACGGUGGCGCUGCGCGAGAUCCGGCGCUACCAGAAGUCGACGGAGCUGCUGAUCCGCAAGCUGCCCUUCCAGCGCCUGGUGCGGGAGAUCGCGCAGGACUUCAAGACCGACCUGCGCUUCCAGAGCUCGGCCGUGAUGGCGCUGCAGGAGGCGAGCGAGGCCUACCUGGUGGGGCUCUUCGAGGACACCAACCUCUGCGCCAUCCACGCCAAGCGCGUCACCAUCAUGCCCAAGGACAUCCAGCUGGCCCGCCGCAUCCGCGGCGAGCGCGCCUGAGCCUCCCGCCGCAGCCCCUCCCCGGUUCCGGCAGGCACCGAGGCAGCCCACGCAGACCCAAAGGCUCUUUUAAGAGCCACUACGUCCACAAUAAAGGAGCUGUUAGCGCUUUGUGUGUA